GAUGUCCGCGUGACGUCACGGAAACAAAGCCAUGCGCGGUCGAUGCGCGCCGUGUACUGCACAUACUGUACGUAUAUACACACGACUCGCAGACUUUCCCCCCUAGCAGCAGCAGCAGCAGCGCGACUCCAGCCUAGCUUGAAUUUUCUCAGUCGUCGUACGUCGUUGUCGUCGCGCGUGGCAGCAGCAGCAGCAGAGCAGUAGCGAGUCUCUCUCCUUGUAUAUAGCUCUGCGGACGAUUGCACGAGUGCAGUCGCAUAGACGGCGGUCUCCGGCACUCGAUCGCGGAACAGCGCAUUCUGCUGCACCGCGGAGGACGACGACGCGCUGACGCGGACAGCCGGAUCGAGCAGUGCGCGCGUCGUCCUCGUCGUGCGGUGCUCGUCUAUUGUAUAUCGUGUACCUGUAUCGUCGGUACGUCGUCGAGAAUCUUGGACUGAUCUACUGCCACGAGAAGUGCACGAGAGAUAGUCCAGGAGCUCCGGGGCUGCACAGCCACACGUCGUAUUAUGCCAUUUAUAUCGAAGGACUGGAGAAGCCCGGGCGAGGAAUGGGUCAAGACCGUCGAGGGCUGGGAGAAGAAGAAGAUCCUCGAGUGCGCCAACAACAAGACGCUCUCGCUGUUGCUACGAGCGGAAACCAAUGGCGACAAACGAGAAAAAGAAAAGGAAAAAGAAAAGAAAAAAGAAGAUGCCGUCCAGCCACACUGUCACAUCACACUGAAGUGCACCCGUGAGAUCGCCGGAUUCAAUGGUUUGAGCGAUGCGCUCAAGAGGCUCGACUUUUUAUCGGCAGUGCACGACUGUCGUCGCUUUAAUUACAUCGUGCGUCUCCUCGAUCUCUUGGUCAGCCACCGAAUGGGUGGUUUGAGCGGUUGCGCUCAACGCGUGCUCUUUAACAUGCUCGAGGAGGUCGCGUUAGAAGUGUCCUUAUCGCAGCAGCAAACUGGGAGACUGCGCAGACUUAUAGAGAGGGUCCGAGCUUUUAGUGCAGGUUGCUGUUGGGGCGGUAGACCACUGGGUUCAGUCAUUCUCUGGGAAAAACAUAAAGCGGCCCUGGACAGAAUACUGCAGAUUGCUUCUUCCAUCACAAUCACUCAGCCGGAUGAGGAGCAGCAACCCCAGUGGUCGGACUUGCCGGCCGAGUGCCGGCGCGAGGUCCUGCUACGACUGAGCGACCCUCGCGACAUCGAGGCCUCGUCCGAGGCUUGUGAGCAUCUUGCCGUCCUGGCGCAGGAGCAGAGGAUCUGGCGAGAGCUCGCCCAGUAUCACUUCACGCCCCAGCAGAUCGCCACUGCCCGACAAAACAAUCCCGAAAAAGACUGGAAAACUAUAUUCACUAUUGCCCGAAGGUCUUUCGGACUGCGCGAGGAGUACGCGGAAAUGAUUCAGUUGUGCCGAAACUGCCGCUGUUUAUUCUGGCGAUCGCUCGGCCACCCGUGCAUCGCCGAUCAGGAUCCGGCCUUCCAGGAGAAGCUCGCCGACGUCGACCGAGCCUCCCUCCACGUUCCGAUACCUCCCCAGACCUUCCUCAAGUUCUUCUCGCUGUGAAUGGGGUGAACGCGAUGACACGAAGUAUACAUGAUACAUGAAGGUGGCAGACGAGAUAUUAUGCGCAGUACGUUGUGCAGCACAGCGAUGGUGUAACAGUGUAACGAGUGCGUGAGCGACCUGCUAGCGAGCUGGAGAGUCGAGAGAGUGUGAAGAGGCGAUUAUAGAAGAAUAGCGCAGCUAUUUGGAGCGAAUGCUUGCGGGAGUGACGGAACGAGCGAAUCGAUCGAAAGACUGGUGUAAGAGAACCUUGUUUCCGGGAGGCUUUCAAAUUUUAUCGAUAUAUAUAUAUAUAUAUAUAUAUAUAUAUAUAUAUAUAUAUAUAUAUAUCAUCAUCAUCAUCAUCAUCAUCAUCAUCAUCAUCAUCAUCAUCAUUCUAUUGAGGGAGGUAAGGGGGGGGGGGGCUUUUUUGUUUUUCGAUGAAUCUUUGAUUAUUUCUCCUCGAAAAUCCUUAUCUUACAUUGGUAUGUAAACUGAUUGGCGUUAAAUUAAACGUUUUCCCAUUAAAAAGAUUAUAUUAAACCUUGUAACAUUCAGUGAUCAUAUGAUUUUCACUGAUAAUGAAGUAUUCCUAUCUGUAUAGAAGCGUGAAAAAUUUGGUGCUGGGAUCGCACCUUUAAAAAUGAUUCUUUUUCUCGAAUAAGAGAUGCUGGCAUACAUUCAUUUUGCACAUUUUCAUACGAAUUUAGACACUUUAAGGAAAUUUAUAAUUUUUCAAAGCGUAGAUAAUCCGUUCGGUGUAUGAAAAGAGAUGCGAUCUAAAUUUUGACUAAAUAAAAAGAAUUGCGGUAAAAAGGCAUAUAAAAUCGAUAAUUUUUUAUCAAUGUAAAUCGAGGACUUUUAUAGUCGCUUUGCUUUUUCUUUUUACGAUUUUGCUAGUCAAACAAUACGUGCAAGUUAAACUUGGAACUACUCUUCUGUUGGACUGUUGUAUAGUGGAGGAAAAAAUUGUUAGCUGCGGGAGAAUCUAAGUUGUAAGAAUAUAGAGCGUAUAUAUCGAGUGUAAAAAAUAACGACUUUUAAAUGUUCAAGAUAAGUUGCACAAGUAUCACACGCGGUUGUCCAAUAUUCCAGUACAAUUAUAACAAAGCAGAGAGAACAUUCUCCAAAAACGAAAGAUUAUAUCAUUCAGAUAUUGCCGGGCAUCACUGAAUGGUUUGAAUUAUACAGAAACACAUUUUUCAAGUAUUUUAUUAAUCGUAGAAACGCAAUUGAUUAAUAAAAUGCAUUGAAUCUUAUAACGGUCAAUACAAACUGUGAAGAAGAAUAUAAUAGAACAUAAUGAAAUAUUUAAAUACGUCUUUCAAAGUAUUUAUUGAUGCACGGUUAUCUGGUCCCACCGUUGAAAAAACUAUUGAUCAAUCGAAGAUUUAUGAUUCCUGCCAGAGACAAAUAGAUUUUUCAUCGACAAACGCAUUAUACAUAUUAUAUAUUUUACGUGUACAUAACGGCCCAUAUUGAUGUCUGAUCUAGAUCGAUCGAAAAUAAUUUGAACUCUGCAAUCAUAAAAGUGAUACGAAUUACCAAGAUAUAAAGUUCGUAUAAAACGUAACUUAAGCAUACCGCUCUGAUAAAAUUUUGAAACAUCAACACAGACACUAGUGCAGUGCCAACUGCAUUAAGUUUAUUCUUGUAAGUCGAUGAAAAAAAAGACAGGACUUAUGUCAAUCUAUAAGUAGCUUGGUUCAUACAGUAAUCGAUUUUGGUGCUCUUGGUAGCUCUAUAGAAAUAUAUUUACUUAAAAUGUUUUUUAUGCAACUAGCUCAUUAAUCUUUCUGAAAGCCAAAGAAAUGUGAUUGCACUUGACUACUUAGAAUUGUUUGUAUUGAUGAUACUAUCCUAUGAAUCCUAUACUCGAAUACAUAACAUAUUUUAUUCAAUACUUAAAACGUCUCUUUAUUGCCUUUUUAAAUCUCUAAUAAUAUUUCAAUAUUAAAAUUCAAGUAAAGUUUUUUACAUAAUAAUCAUAAAUUUUAAUAAAAUAACAUGUUGUUGAAAAUAAAAAGAAUAAAUUCAAACUAAUAAUCUAAACAAGCAGAACAACAAUUUUACUAUGCAACUUUUUCAACUAAUUUUUUUCAUCUACUAACUUCUUUGGCUUUCAGUAAAAGGCAGGAUAUAUUGCAUAGAUAUUAUAAUUUUACAAGUGGACGGUUUAAAACUUGUCUUGAUUCUGUGAUGACAUGACGAGCCCUUUGGCUUUUGAAACUAAAAAAUCUAGAACCUAGCACGGAUAAAGAACACCACUAUGUCCAAUAAAGUAGAGAGAUCACUAAAGUAUCUGCUCUUGGCCUAUGCAGGGUGUCUCCAGUAAAAUGGAUCAACUGGAACAAUGUACUUGAGCUACUUCAUACCCUGUAGAGCUCUCUCGAGAUUAUAUUUAUACUAAGUCGCAUAAUCAUUGUAUGCAAAUAUACUUCAGAGUCAGGAAAACAAUUUUUUUAGUAAAAUUAUUGUAAAUCCAAGGCAUAAAUAAUUUUGAUAAAAUCUUAAAAAAAUUAAUUUACAUGUAUACAUACAAAAUGUCAAUAUUCCGGUAUCAUUUAAUGGAAAUGAAAGUUUUUGAACUAAUUUUACGAUAAAAUAUUUUCCUAACUCUGAGAUACUCUUCUGGCGUCAACAUCAGUUGGUUCAUUAAUAAAAAUUACAGGAAUUAUUUAGAUUGGGUCUGAGUAUUCAGUGUUUUAAAGCUAUGUAUACAUUCAUUUUUUAUAAUACUUGAAUACCUAGAAAAUUUUUUAAAAUCGAAUAUUCACGAAUGUGAUAAACCGAAGUAAGUUGAUUCUUAACAAUGUUUUGCGUAAGUUUUUGCAAAAAUGUGUAUGGUAAAUAUAUAUAUAUAAUUGAUUCAAAAAGAUGAAAAUUAUACUGCCACACUGGGAAUGCUAUUGUAUUUAUGUGAAUUGAUGUUCUUAUAAAUUUGGUUAAAAACCAAAACUAAAAAUCAUUCGUUUUGAUAUGCAUUUUUUAUUUUUAAUUGUAAUUUAAAACAUGUUGCAUGACUUACAUAUUUUACUAACCUAGUCAUUACAUAGGGUGCAGCAUAAGGAUGGCAUUAUCACCAAUACUAAAAACUUGGAGACAAACACUCAAUCAUUGUAAUUGAGUUAAAUCGGUUAUCAACCAAGGGAUAAUCUAAUAACCAUACUUACUGCUUGUACAAUUUUGAUGAGCCUCAUAAAAAAAAAGGAUGAAAAUAAUAUAAAUUCUCUACUGUAGGCUACUGUCUAACAAACGUAUUGUCUUGAAAAAAAUGUCGGUACAAUUUUAUCUAAAUAGGAGGUGUAUAGAGCAAUGUUAUGCAAAAAGCUUUUAAAUAAAAAAAAUCUAAUGAAAUAUA